CGAUAGUGAGUGUGAGGCUUUAAGAAAAGAGUCAAAGAUGAGUGAGCAAAAUCUUAUUUUUGAAACAAAUCACAAAUCCAAAAAUCUAACUUCCGACGAAUAUGCAAAAAGUGGGUGUUAUAAAACAGAGGAAUUUGAUUCCAAUCGUGGUGGUUCUGCUAGCGAUAGCAAGGCAUUAGAAAGUUCAACUGAAGCAAGUAGUAAUAUUAAUAAUACACCGAAGAUAAACUUUUCGGUAUCGAAACCUCCACAACCAGUGAAACUAGGGGAAGACGAAGUAGAUGAACGUCAUGAAUUACAAUCAGAGAAUUCUACAGCAUCUAAUAAUGUUAAGCUAGAAACCACCACUUCAACAUCGCAGUCUAGUAAUGUGACCUCGCAGCAGUCAUUGAACAGCCACGUCCCCAGUAGUCAACAAGAACAAAAAUCAUUACCUACAACAGAGAUAGAAGGGGAUAAGAAGAAACGAAAAAGAA